ACCAGUCACUCAGCGCGGGAUACCACCGGGAUACCACGCUGUAGGGGACGGCCGCCAUUUCUUUUGUGUGCUUUCGCGGGCUUUUCAACAGCUUCCUAUUCUAGAACUGCGAACCUGGCUUCGCGCUCGGUAGAGGUUCUUCACGACUGGAGAUCCCGUGUCCGACUUGCGGCCGUGGACGAGCUCCUUGUCUGAGGAUUACGCGACCAAGGUGAGCGCGACCGCGCGCUUGUCAAGGCUGUGAUCGCAUGUAUGCAACCACUGCAGUGCUUUCUUGCUUGUAGUCGCUAGAAGCCAGGUGACAGGUGUGACUAUCGAAUUUUGUUAGGAUUUCUACAAACAUGCAGAGGCCUCGCAAAAAGCUCGUUACGGAGAAGGCAUCGCGGGAAGCACGGAGGACACAUCUGCUAAUUGAUCCCUUGUGCGCUCUGCCGGAGUGUUUGGGAGACAAUGCGUGUGCGGCCUCCGCCACCCAGCCAUGUCGAGAAGAGCCACAACGCUUGGCAGUUGCAAAACAUGAUGACUUAGCUGUGCAUAGUGAUUCUACUAGUGCCUCGCAUGAAAUCGCACAUUUUGCGAGUCGUGAUGCCGAGUCCACACAAUCGUCAAAUAGUUCGUCAGGUGAUUCAGAUGAUUUGCCUGGAGCCUCAUCUCAAAACUUGCAUUUUUCUUCUGUGCCCAUUGUUUCAUCAGAUGAAGUAGCACCGCAAAAAGAAAGCUUUCGAGAGGCACUGCGCCAAUGGGCAGUUGAGAAUAACAUCAAGCGAAAAGCAUUAAACCAGCUAUUGAAGCUGCACAAACGUUACAGCAUCUUUUCCGAACUUGACCUCCCUGAUGACGCGCGUGCACUCCUCAAAACGCCGCGACUAGAAAACACCGAGUACCCCGUGGUGGCCCUGUCUCCGGGCGAAUACUGUCAUUUUGGUCUCGCUGCCGGGCUUAAACAUUCGUUGCAAUUCGUGAAAGACCCUCCUAGUAUUGUUUCACUCAUUGUCAAUGUAGAUGGCCUGCCCCUUGCAAAAAGCUCAAGAAUGCAACUUUGGCCUAUACAAUGUAGAGUUAGUAACUGUGGUGAGGGCUUUGGGCCAUUUGUUAUUGGGGCUUAUGCCGGACCUUCAAAGCCGCAUUCAUCCAAUGAUUUUUUGAGAGCUUUCGUUGAUGAGUUGCAGUAUUUGCUGGCAAAUGGGCUUGUUGUCAAUGGCAAGCCAAUCGAGGUUUGUCUGAAGGCUCUUGUUUGUGAUGCGCCAGCACGGUCUUUCGUAAUGAUGACCAAAGGCCACAGUGGCUACAGUGGCUGCCCCAAGUGCUGCAUUGAGGGUGCAUACAUUGGAGGCAAGGUUGUGUUUCCCGAUUCAGACUGUCCCCUCCGCACAGAUGCUAGCUUCAGGCAGCAGCACGACUCCGAGCAUCACAGAGGAACGUCAAUUCUUGUUGAGUUGCCUCUUGACACUGUGUGUGAUGUUCCUCUCGACUAUAUGCAUGUUGUUCUGUUAGGUGUUGUGAAAAAGCUUUUUUCCCUGUGGCUUUCAGGUCCUUUAAAUGUUCGACUGGGACCACUUCAACGUCAUACUUUCAAUGAGCAAAGCACAGCCUUGCGUCUCUACAUCCCGCACGAAUUUCCACGUAAACCUAGGGGUGUCGAUGAGUUAGAUAGGUGGAAGGCUGUUGAAUUUAGGCUUCUUCUGCUCUAUACAGGGCCUCUUCUUCUCAACGGCAUUCUCACAGAUGACAUUUAUAAACAUUUCUUGCUUCUCCAUGCCUCGCUGUCAAUUUUGGUUAACAAGCAGUUGUGCAGUCAUCAUGCUGACUAUGCCGGGGCACUUCUGAAACAUUUUGUUGCCAGUUUUGCCCAUUUGUAUGGAAAAGAGCACAUGUCGUUCAAUGUCCAUUGCCUGUCACACUUGUCUGAUGACGUCAAACGCCAUGGCGCAUUAGACUGCUUCAGUGCAUUUCCCUUUGAAAACAAUAUGAAGCAAUUAAAGAGGCACCUUCGCAAACAUGGGAAACCAUUACAACAACUUGCAAAUAGAAUGGCAGAGGCAAAUUCAGCUGCUUCUGAAGUGCCUUGCAGGCGAUAUGAUCCUACUCCCAGACAACCUUGUGAAAAUGGUCCACUCCUUCCCACGUGCUGUCUUCCAUGCUUCAAAACUCUGAAGUAUCAAAAUUUUGUGCUGAGCACAGAAGAGCCGGACAACUGCUACAUGCAGGGUGGACAUAUUAUUAUUGCAAGAAACAUUGCUUCCAUGAGGGGUACAGAAGAGAUUUGCAUCGUUGGUCAAGAAUUUUUGCAUAAAGAAGAUUUCUACACACACCCCUUUGAAUCUUCAAGACUUGAUAUUUAUAUUGUUUCAGGUCUUUCAGACCUCAAAGUGUGGCCUGUGAGCAAUGUGCGAAAAAUGGUCAAGCUCCCAUGGAAGAAGCAGUUUGUAGUAAUGCCAGAGUUGCAUACCGUUUAGUAUGUGUUCCAAGAUUAGCUCAUUUUAGUGUCGUGUUCUGUACUUUUUCCCUGUAGCAGUGAGGAACUUGCUCUGGUGCUGACUUUGCCCUGAACACUCUUAUCUGCCUUCACACAAGCUCUUGUAUGAGUGUGGUGAGAAGCCUGACUGGAAGUUUUUUUCUGGCUGUUGUAAAAUAAUUCUUCAGGCCACUAGACAGUGCCACAAUAGUGAGGAAUUUGGGCAUCUGCAGCUGUUGUAAAGUAUGUGUAUUUCUUUUGUUAGCUCAUAGCUGCUUGUUUCGAUUCCCAAGAAAUGUUGAGGAGUAUAGAUUGUUUUCCAAGCGUCUUACGUGGGGAUCCUUUGAAGCGUUUUAGCAGGACCAUUGACAACAGUUCUAUAAAAACUGCUGUGGCCUCCCUAUGUAGCAUCUUAUUUUGGUAUUUACCACAGCUAUAUUACUUGAACUUUGAAGGAAGUGUGGAGCUUGUUUUCUGCUGUUGCCAUGUAAACUUUUAAUCUCUCCUGAUUCUAAAGGUCUGGCUUCAUUUGCAAAUACAUUUCCUAUGGCUUGUCAACAAUGUUUUGUCUUGAGGUUUUAUUAUGUGGCGAUGAAGGCAUUUUGGUUCAAAAUUUAUUUUUGAACAGCCAACAUGACUAUGUUUUUGUCGUAUAGGUAGAUGUCUGGCUUUUCUGGCCAAACACUGAGAGCUAUAGCUUGACAAAGCUUGAAAAAUUAUUUUGAAACAUGCAUCUCCUAGACCAGGUCAGUGUAUUCUAUGUUCAACUUAAUUCUUGAUUAGCUCUCUGCUAUUGUGUAAUUGUGAAAGCCUGAUCAUGAUUGAGCAUGUAAUGGUAAGUUAUAUACAUAGUUUCCAUGGUACUAUUCUUAUUUGAAGCAACAAUGUGCUUAACUAGGAAGUGCUGCUUUGUGCAAUGCUGGCACUACAAUUCAGAAUUCUUUUACAGAUGAGCUAUGCUAUUGUGGAAUUCACUGCCUCUAAAGAGGUUGAAAUUGUGCCAACUACUUGGGUCACCGGGAGCAUGUGCGUCUGGCCGCAUAAUGUAAAAGUGGAGAAGGCUGGGAAAAUGGCACGGAAGCAGCAUCCACCACAGUCAUGGUGGAAGCAGUAUGAAAUUGCUGUGAAAGGUUUGUUUGGUAAGCGCAUUUCAGUCAACUUAAGUCUUAAGCCAGGGGUGAUUACAUUGAUCACAUUUUGCACUUUUUCAGUUACCUAUGAACAUGCCCGGAAAAAGCUAAAUGACAGUCAGUUCCAUUCAGACCUGGCCAGUGAAACUGAAAUGCCCCCAUUGAAGAGGCGUAGACGGCCACCAGCAGCCUGGAGCAACUCUGACAGUGAAGAAGAGGAGGGAGAAACUGCCACAAGCCAGCCAAGACUGCCAGCCAUUCCAAAUAAUUUUCCAUCUGGAAUAACCUCGAAUGAAGCAACAAGUCUGCCCACAUUUGGCCAGGGAGACAAAGGCACACCAGGGACCCAGUUGUCAGAGACAAACUCGCCACAAGGCAUGUCUGAUAACCACUCUGUUGAUGCAGGUGAACAGAUAGAGCAAGAACGGCCACAAAACACACCUCAUCAUUGUUGUGUAGAGAAGAACUUCCAGCGGCAUGUACUACGACUGCUGAACACGCUUCGCUUCAUGCUAGAACAACAAGCAGACACCCUGAACAAGUUGUGUGAUAUGCUACCUACUUCUUCAGUCACCGAAUGCGCAGAUCUCUUAAGCCAUCCACUAAGCAGUCUUGAAGAACUACAAGAGUUUGACGACAAGCUCGAUGCUGGAAAAUUUAAGAUCCUGGUUCAUGAGUUGACACAGCUUGGCGGGAAAGAUGCCUACUGGGCAACAAAAAGAAUCUUGUCAUAUUGCAUCACAGACGAGGUUGCGGCACAAUUUUCCUGGAUGGGUCGAAAAGGAAAACUGAGCUUCUCCGCCUUAAAGAUUGCUAAAGCCAUAGCAGAUGCUGCUCGCAAAGCGCCAAAUGCAACUGCUGCUGACGUUGAGGCCUCUAUCAAAUCGUGGCUCCGGCAUGCUCCCGAGCGCCUUGCCACCAAGUUUCAGAAGUCAAAGCCAAGACUACUUGAGCAGGCAGCAGAUACUGACUGAAACUGUCACCACGGCAGAGGGUCCAAGGCUUCCAGCUUCUGAUUCUCUGGUCAUUCUGUGGAUAUUGAUGGCAGCAGAUAGCCAAUCGCAAAGACAAGGACCAUGCACUGUUGGCAACCAGCUCAACCACAACUUCAUGGUGGUAUUUCUCAACCGAUGUGCCACCUCCACGCUUCAGUAUAAUACCUUUCCUUUAAAAAAUGUGAAGGGUGCUGUCACAAUUCGUGUUUUGCAGGUAGCAUCCACUUUAGGCAUUUGAGGUUAUGGGCAACAUAGUGUUUUUUUAUUUGAUGAAUAAUUUUUUUUAAAGAUACAGCUGAACUAAAGGACAUUGCAAGUUUGACUUUUGACUUGUGUCCACUGUAUAAUGUAUGUAUGUUAUCCACUGUUAUUGUGAUCCUCAAAAUCAUGUGCAGUUUCUGUUGCAUUGUUACCAAGUGCUUUGGAGACUGUUGCUGUCAUACGAGAUAGGUGAAAAUGUCUAGUCAGCUGUAAAAGCUGUACAGGUCUAGUUUCUACGUAUUGCCCACUCCUCUGGAACACACGGUAACUCUCCUUCCAUUGCUACUUUCUAUACCUGCCUUCAGGCAGCAACACAAGCUUAUGCUAGUGCCACUUUGGAAGCAGCUUGCAUCCCUGGAAACGAAGGCAACUUUACAUUGUUUACUUAAAAGCCAGUUAACUAACUGCCAUGUAUUAAAUUGAAUGAUCCAGACCAUAAAAUGCUCUUUUUGCCUAAUUUGAGCAAGGAUGGGGAACCAAUAAGUGCAAAUUUUUAAAUAGGAAUUUAAGCUAAAUAUCGCUCUUGCAUGUAUGUUUACCAUUUGUAACAGUUUCUAGCACUUUGAGGCGGUAUCUGUGUUAUAAGUUUUGCUACCAAACUCUUGAAUGCAGAGUUCUGUAUUUCUAAGCAAGUAAUUUCAUACUCGAAAAGGUCACUUUUUUUUUUUGAAGCUACUGACAGAACUUUGUUCUGCAGUUGUGCACAUAGUGAAGUACGUGGUUAUAUGUUUGCACUGUUAACUGGAUUCAAUGUUCAGAUAUUGUGAAAAUAGUUCUAAAAGUUAAAUUCUUCUGCUGCAGCUGUAUUGUAAUAUGCUAAUAUAGCCCUCAACUGCUUUCCAGAGCUUAGGAUACUACAGUCACUCCCUAAGUGUAAUUAGUGGCUGUGUUGUGAUGACUAAAGCACUUUACUCAUAGUAAGCUCAACAGCUCUUACAUGACUUGUUCUCUGUUGCAAAUGAUGCGAUACAUUUUUAUUCUUAGCAAUAGUAAUGUUGAAUUUCUUUAUUCAACUUCUCUUGCUAUAUAAUGCAGUAUUUCCCAUCGUGAGUGGCAGUGGCUGCAGUUUUUUUUUUUUGAGGUAGUGUGUAGUUCUUUUUAUUGGUUAUGCUGAAACAAGGUGGCCUGUGUGCAAUUAUGUGUAUGUUUAAUCCAAUCUAGUCAGAAUCUGUAAGCUAAUGGUGUGCUUGGCCCACAUGUCCCAGCUAUGCUUGGUUUUUCUUAAUUUAUUGUAAUAAAACUGAACUUUCAGAUGUUUUAUGCCCUCACUUUUUAGUAGGGUUGACAGAGUAGAGCCUCUGGUCUUUGUUUUGGAAUUUAAUGUCUUUAAAUGUUUUUAGAUGUAUGUCUCAUGUGCUCAUAUUUUAGUUACCUUAGUGGUUUAUUUUUAUAUGUAGAAGCCAUGUCCAUUUGUACGCAUAUUGUGCUUGGUGAGAAUAAGGGCUGUGACAGAUUGAUGGCAUUAUGUUUCUUUGAAGGAAAGUGCCCUUAUGUAUUGUUUCUGGUGGCAAGAGACAAGUCUCUCAUCAUAUCGUGCUUUGGAGUAUAUAUAUUUAGUGAAAUCUAGUCAGAAUCUGCAAGCUAAUGAUGAUGGUCCACAUGUCCCAGCUAUGCUUGUUUUUUUUGGUGGUUUUUAAUUUGACGUCAUAAAACUGAACUUUUAUUUGUUUUAUGCAGUCACUUUGUAACUGGGUUGAUGCAACAGAGCUCGUUGUGUUUAUGUUGGAAUUUAAUGCCCUUAGAUGUUUUUAGAUGUGUCUUAUGCACUCAUCUUUUAAUAAAGUUGCUUUAGAGGUUCAUUUGCAUAUGUAGAAGCUAUUGAACGAUAACCAUGUCCAUUUGUACGGAUAUUGUGCUUGACGAGAAUAACGGCUGCGACAGAUUUAUGGCAUUAUGUUUCUGUGAAUAAAAGGGCCCAUAUUUAUUGUUUCUAGUGGCAAGAGACAAGUCGUGCUUUGCAGUUCUAUACUUUUAGUGCUUGGUGUUGUCUUUGUGUUAGAUUUACUAAAGUAUAGUUUCAUAGAAAAUGUGUAAAAAUUUGAGUUGAUCUGCUGAUCACCCCCUACAUUCCUAGAUUUCUUCUGAUGCACUAGAGCUGAUGACACUAUAUCCACUUGCAGGCUAUUUGUCUUAAGCAUUGGAGGUAGGCUUUGCAGUGCUUGUUCGCUGGAUGCAGAAGCUCUUCUACUGUGAUAACACAAGACCAGAGCCCACUGUUUUUUUGCUUGUUUUUGCUUUAAUGUGAAUAAAAAUGAAAGCUGUAA